AUGUCGGAGCGUACGUUGAGCGAUGCUUCGAGCCAAGAGGGCUUUGAUCAGUGGGAACUACGAGGACAUGAGCUGGAGGACUUGCAAGCCUAUGUCCAGGAUCUAUUGGACCGAGCCAUCUGCUCCAUCCAGACCGCCACGAACCAGGCCAGCCGGCGGCGCGCACGCCAGCGGCUGCAAAGGAAGCUCAGCGACUUCUUGACCAAGGAGCAGUAUGAGGAGGCGAUGCAGCAGUUUAAGGUCCUGUGCGAGACACGGCUUGGCUACGUGUGGCGCGUGGCCCAGCACAUGGAUGACAAAUCUUCGGGGCAGCCCGGGGUGUGCUACUUGCAGUUCAACGAGAUGUCUCUGCAGUGGGAACACAGCGUCUCCGUGAAAAACGAUAGUCUGACCAAUUGCAUGAAAGAUUCCGGCGCGCUGCCACAGUCGCAGGUGGAGGUCAAAAGAGAUGCCAUGCCCCUGCGGAAGAGACAGUUCUGCUUUACGGCUUUACACUUCCAAGAUGGGAUCAAGAUGGGUUUAUCAAGGAGCGGAGGAGACUACAAGGACAUCAAGCGCCUGUCGUGCACGGUUUCCGCAGACCAGCUUUUCCAUUGGCCGGAUCUCAAGAGGGGGCUUUCCAUGUGGCUGGAGUCCCACCUGAGGGGCUAUGGGAACAUGACCCAGAUCUUCUGGGAGCAGAUUCGGCCUAUACAGCAUGACUUGACCAACAUUAUUGGCUUCCACGAGGUGAUGGUCUCCCGAGAUUGCAUCCUGGGCAUUCUCGCGGUGCGCUCUGUGUACCUCUUGACCAUGAACAGGACCUACCGCCAGCAGAUGAUUCUUGACACGGACUUCCUGAUUAGUGAUUGGUACUACAUGGUGUAUCGCUUUCCGUUCUCUUUGUUGGUCGAUACUGGCUGGGCCCCCAUCGUUUUUUCGGCCUGGGCACUUCUCUCACAGAGUCUCAAGCAGACCCAAGCAGACCUCGUAUGGACAGACUGCGAGGAUGUUCCUGGAGUCGGGUCGAUGUCGUCAGACAUGCAGGAGUUCGCAGAUGCUCCCGCAGAAAUCUGGCAAAGGAUGCUGUCGGUCAUCUCGAACGCGGAUGAGGCCAUGAUGAAGCGCUGCCCGCUUGCAUUCUCCUACAUUGCCGGCUUGCUAUCGGCGGUCGAGGAGAACGAAUCGCUGCAAAAAGGAUUGCUAGACGUGGCACAGCAUGCCCUAAGGCACUAUAGGGAGAAGAACAACUUCACCUUUGCAAAUGUGCUUCUGUCUUCUUGGAAUGUCUUCGGCCCUCUGGCUCACUCUGCCUUGGUUCUUGACGAAAAGACGGGGCUCUCAAAGAAGAAGUCUUGCCAUCUUCUUUGGUGUCCGGAGGGUGGCACGCCGAACUACUUGCUUUGUCGAUGUGAGAGGGUGUUCUCGCAGAACUACAGGAACACCACCAUCUGCAUCUUCAUGGUGGAUACCCGCCGCAGGUCCUCGCUGCGGAACAUCACCUCCGUGCUGAACGCCAGGUAUUGGACGCUUGCUUUCGGAGUCAACAAAGCAUACGCGCAUGACUAUGGCUAUGAAAUUGACUACGUCAAUCCGGACGAGGCCACCCACUUCCCAAAGAGGAAGGUGGGUUGGGCCAAAAUCAAAGUCCUCAUCAAUGAGCUCCGCCAGCGUGGGCCGGAGCGCUGUGCCUAUGGCGUUUCGAUCGACACGGAUGCCUUCAUUCGCACCUCAGAGCCUCUAGCUGCGAUCAUCAAUGACUAUGGCCUUGCGGAGAACAAGCUGAUCAUGUUUUCGCAGGAGUACCACGUUGAAACUGUUGAAAAGGGCAACACCGCCUUCAUCAAUGGUGGCUUCUUCAUUGUGCGGAACACCCAGGAAGGGAUCGGCUUGCUGCAGGAGUGGUACGAUGUGCCAGAUGUCUACCAGGACAUGGCACACCUGAAAAUGGAGAACCCUCAAGGCUUGAACAUGUGCUGGGACCAGAAGAUGCAAGAAAAGUAUGCCGCAGUGACGGCGCUGGGCGAACCCCACCUUUUCACCGCGCCCCUGGGCCUGGCAAUCCGGCACAACUGGUUCAAGGACCUUCGCUUCGAACAGGAGAUGCAGGACAUCCUACUGCACCGCCUUCAACGCAGAUACAACUGUAUUGUUUGCCAAAACGUCUACGACUGGGAUGAUUCCAACAACACGGACCCCGGAUGGCGCUGA